AAAACUGAUUUUACUGUUUUAAUAUUGUAGAAAUAAUAUACGACAAAGUGUUAAUUAAGAAUGAAAUAUUUUCUUAUUUGUAUAUAUAUAAUGUAUAAUGUAAACAGCGUAUAGGUUAGUAAAGUGGAGUUGCAGAAAUACAACAAUGAUAAUUGUAAUAAAAAUAACUACAUAAAUGUGAAAUUAUUAUGAUAUUUGUAAAACAAGUUUAUUUCCGUGAAAUAGAAUAUUAAAAAAAAAUCAUUGAAAUGGAGGAACAAAGUAUUUUAACAUCAAAAGCAUAUAAACGUGCAGAGGCAAAUUUAAAAGACAAAUUAAAACCAACAUUUUUAAAGCAUUAUCCUCAUUAUUUAGUACCAGGAUAUAAUUUACACAACAAUUUGUUUGUGGAUGAGGCAGAUUUAGAAAUUAUUGUAGAACAGUAUCGAGAUUACCCUUACCACUGUGAUUUACCUAAACCUUUAUUGCCUCCUGCUAGAUUACCAAGAAGUGUACUAAAUGAAGAAGACCCAGUAUUGGAAUUGGUUACUGUUAAAAAUCAUAUAAAUGAUGACAUAAAAAGAAUGAAACAUUAUUAUUCUAAGCAUGAGAAAGACUUAAAGUUAAUAUAUAAAAAAGAUGUACAAUGGAAACAUGAUAAAGGUACAGAUACUGCUAAAGUACCAAAAUAUCUAGCAGAUCUAGCUGGAACAAUGGACAAGGAUCCAGACCCUUAUUUUGAAGGGGUUUAUAAUUGGUACUAUUCUGGUGGCACACUAGAUUAUGUACAGUAUCAUGAUAAAAAUAUCUUACUUUUUCCAUUUAUGGGAGAUUUAGUAAGUGCACCUAUUGAAAAUGUGGAAGAAUUUUUAUGGAAACCUUUAUUACAAAAGGGAGCAAAAUGUGAACUUGAUGGAACAUUGUAUGAAUUGAAACACAUUAUUAAUAAAGAUACAUGUAUGAUUUUGGGCAGAUACAAACAUCAUUGUAAUUUUUAUACACUAUCUGAAUAUGAUAAUAAAUGCAAUCUUACUGAGAUUCAUAUGCAACCAUCAAAAGUUCCUUAUGUUAGUGCAGAUCUACAUUUAAUUAAUAAGAACCAUUACUGUACAGCAAGUGCAAAAAGAUCUGUAAUAUUAUGGGAUAUAACUAAAAUGAAAGGUAUAAGCUGUCAUUCUGUACAGCAAACUACUGUAACAGAUGAUGUAUGGGCAAAUGUGAAGUUUCAGUUAAUUGAUCCAGAUAUUAUUUUAUAUGUAGAUAGAUGUUGUCUUCAUUAUCUUGAUACUAGGCUUCCAUUUGAACGACCAGUAUUAACAUUAUGUCCAAAAUCUCAUUUGGAAAAAUGUGAAAGUCUGUCAUUAGAUGUUGCCAGUAGAAAUACUUUUUGUAGAUAUAUUGGAACUUAUCACAGUGUCUUAAUGUGUGAUAGUCGUUCGCCUAAACAAUGCGUUCAACAAAAAUGGACACAUCAAUUCAAAGGGCCGCCACUUAUGGGUCAUACCGUAAAUAGAGAAGACAAGGAGUUUCUUAUGUUAUCUAGUCAAAUAUCUGGUGAAAGUACAAUAAUUUUAAAUACAUGGGCGAGCGAUAUAAUUACACAUUCGUUUAAUUUUCCAUUUAUCCCUCCAAAUAUUAUGGAAACGCUGAAUGAAUCUCAAAUGCAGGGAAUGUGCCUGAAUCCAUAUCUAAGAGAUAGAUUUGAAUUAUGCAAUAGUGGUUGUUAUAUGAUUGAAAAUAGCGUGGGAGAUAUAUUUUUAUUUUUUCAAAAUUCUGUUGGUGAUAUAUUUUAUCAAUGUAUAACGCAUGAUACUGCAUUAAACUCUUACUCCUGUGUAAACUCUAAGUCAUAUUGCAUUCUGAAUUCUUGGGAAAAAGCAAUAUCAGUGCAACCAGAUACUAUAGUGCCUCUUACUAUGUCCGAAAAAUCGAAUAUGCAACAUAUUUUUGAAUGUUUCACCAAUAAAAAAUUAAAGUUAAAAUGUACAGAUCAUGACUCAGAUGACGUUGAAAUGAGUUGGAAGCAAUCUCUUGAAAAAUUAAAUUCUUACACGGAUUUGUUAGCACCUGAACUUUUAGUUGUGUGGGAUGUAGGUGAAACAGUUCCAUUGCCUUUAACGGCUGCACCUCAUGAAAAAGUUUUGAGUUGGUUGAAGUCUGCUGACACAAAACAAGAAAUAUUAUCGCAAGAAGAAUUAGAUAACGUGGCAACGCCAAUGAAUAGCCAAGAAUUAAUAAGCGUGUCUCAAGAAGUAGACAUAACUCAGCUAGAUGACAGUAAUGCAUUACAAGAACUGUUCUUACCUAAAGUUACAACACAAUCUAAAAAAAGAAAUAUACGAAAAAAAUAAAAGUAUAUACAGUAUUUCGAUAUA